UCCACCGCCGACUCAACAUCAUUAGCAACAGCAGCAGCAGUCCACCACCACCACCUUCCUCAGUCGCCGCCUCCAGCAAAUCCUUCCAGAAACAGUGCGAGCGAGGAGUUAUAUCGUCGCAAAUCCGGAGAGAGAAAAACGAAAAUUUUUACCGAACAGUUGAAGUUGCUGGUCGUAUCCCCGCCUAAAAGCGUUCGUGCAAGAACUUGAGGAUCCGUGACGCCACGAGUUGUGAGACGGAUUCUCGUGAACGUCACUCGCAUUUGUUUUUUCUUCAAGUUUUUUUUUUGUACGCAUUAUCCUCGUUCCCUCGGCGACUUCUGUGCCACAGUGAUGGCUAGGUUUGACUGUGCAAGUGUGGUGUUGGUGGUGGUGCUGGGGGUGUGUCUCCUCCACUCCGUUAGCGCCGACUCUUCUCCAACGGUGUACGAGCUGCCCUCCAACGCUACCGUUGUCAACGGAGGCCCCAUCGUCACGGGAUUCAGCUGUGACGGGCUGCAGUACGGGUACUACGCCGACGUCGCCAACGGCUGUAGAGUCUUCCAUGUGUGUUACCCCUACCUGGACGCUGACCAGUUCCUGCGGACCCGUAUGUGGUCCUUCAUCUGCGGCCAGGGCGCGGUCUUCAACCAGGUGGCGCUAGUGUGUGACCACACUAAGGACUCCAUCCCCUGUGAAGACUCGCCCAAACACUUCGACUCCUCAAACGGCUACUUUGGACUCAAGGAUGUCAACUUUAGAGAGUAGAUGUGCGCCUUGGUUCUUGAUGGUAGUUAAUAAGAGAUACCAGUAGAUGGUUAUAUGCUAGUAGAUCAGAUAUACUAGUAGAUAAGAUAUACUAGUAGAUCAGAUAUACUAGUAGAUCAGAUAUACUAGUAGAUCAGAUAUACUAGUAGAUCAGAUAUACUAGUAGAUCAGAUAUACUAGUAAGUCUGAUAUACUAGUAAAUGGUAGUUCAGAUGUACAAAUAGAUGGUGGAUCAGAGAUAAUACUAGAUGGCAGAUUAGAGAUACCAGUAGAUAGUAGAUUAUAGAUACUAGUAUAUGGUAGAUCAGAUAUAAUUACUACUAUUUUGAGAUAGAAGGAAAGGAUUGUAGACAACCACAAAUGUAAUAUUUUUUGUAAUAGGUAAGUAAAUAAAGAUACUGGAAGAACAGAGAUGACGAGAGAUAAAAAGAAGGAUUAAAGUAUGCAAAUGAAAUAAGAGAUAAUGAGAAAUGGAUAAAAAAAAUAGUAGAUGAGAGAGAGAGAGAGAGAG